AUGGCAUCGGGUGUUUUUAACGCAGGGACGGAGUUGGACGCAGCUUUUGACACUAUACAGUCAGACCUGGGGGAUGACUGGAUCGACCUUGGUUUAGCAUUAGGACUGAAGUACAACAUUGUCGAGGAAAUGGUUACUAAGAGUCCGACAAUUCACCUGAUAUGGCGGAACCGUACCAUGCUGGAAAAGUGGAGGCAACAAGAAGGAAAGCAGGCGACAGUACAGGAGCUACUGCAUGCUUUGAAGAAGAUAAAAAGACAAGACCUCGUGGACAGACUGAAAGACAAGUACACAGACCUACACGAUGCUGAUCCACAACUCAACAAAGACAUCACUGAAAAGUGUCGAGUUGUUGAGACGGUGUCCCCACCAUUAUCGGACAUUUCAACAGGAUUCUCUAGUUCGCCGCCUAAACAAUACUCCACAGAAGAGAGUGUCUCUAGCCCACGAUCAAAGCAAGAGGUGGACGUUCUGUCAAUGGAAGAGCUUGAAGAAGUAGUGGCAGAGAUAGUGGAAGAAGCUAUGGACAAGUUUGUGUUGUCAGUAACGCAGGAAACAGGUGAAGACUCAGAGGAGUCUACACAAACGCAGGAAACAGGUGAAGAGUCUACUACACAAACCUACGAGGAAAUGAGAGACACCUGGAGAGAUGCGCUGUUAAAGAUAACAGCCUGGACAGGUGAGGAAGACAAGGUGAAGACCCUGCUACAGGCAGGUGUACAGGUGAACACAGAGAACUCCGAGGGUGAAACACCACUCUGUGGUGCAGUGAGGGGCGAACAUUCUAACAUCGUCAAACUCCUGCUGCAGAAAGGGGCAGACCCUGGAGAAGGGGCAAACACAGACAGUGGUAUGGGGCAGACUUUACUGCAGUUGGCGGCUCAGAGUGGUAAUGCAGAGAUGGUGAGCAUGCUAACAGAAGCAGGGGCAGACUUGGACCAAGCAGAUGAUGAGGGGAGAACUGCACUAUGGGCGGCGGCUGAGAAAGGAAGUGCAGAGAUGGUGAGCAUCUUGAUACAAGCGGGGGCUGACUUGAACAAGGCAAACAGCAUGGGAAGGACUCCACUGUGGGUGGCGGGUAAGAGAGGACAUGCAGAGGUUGUGGGCAUUUUGAUACAAGCCGGGGCAGACUUGAACAUGGCAGAUGAUGAGGGGAGAACUGCACUAUGGGUCUCUGCUGAGAAAGGAAGUGCAGAGAUUGUGAGCAUCCUGAUACGAGCAGGGGCAGACUUAGACCAGGCAAACAGCAUGGAAGAGACCCCACUCUGGGUGGCAGCGUGGAGUAAACAUGCCGAGAUCGUGAGCAUC